AUGCCUGUAUACAACUUUGACCCUGAACUCUUCUCGAGUCUGUCAAAUCAAGUUGUUGUCUUGACUGGUGGCGCCCAUGGUGUUGGCGAAUCAGUUGUCAGUACACUGUAUAGUGUGGGAGCGCACGUAGUUUUUGGCGACAUUGAUGAGACUGCUUGCGCUCAGCUCAUCCAAAACUUGAGCAAAAGUCAUCCUUCGAGCACCGGCUCCUUGGCCUUCCGCCGCGUCGAUGUGAGAAAAUACGGAGACAACCUUGGACUCUUCCAGGACGCCUUUUCUCGUCAUGGACGCGUGGAUCAUGCCAUGUCAAUUGCUGGGGUAACAGAGGGUCAAAACUGGUUUGAUCCUAGCCUGGACCUGACUUCGGUUGCAGCGCCUCCAUCGACGUCUGUGCUGGACAUUAACUUACUUGGGGCUCUCUACUUCGCUCGCAUAGCGGCGGUGUACCUACGACAGGGUCCUGAUUCUGGCCGUGACAAGUCUCUCAUGCUCACUGGCUCAUUGGCAUCCUUCAAGGAACAGCCCGGUCUAUGUGUAUAUCAACCUGCGAAGCACGGGGUCCUUGGCCUCUUCAGAGCGAUCCGAAAGAAUCUCUCUUCCCGGGGAAUCCGGAUAAACAUACUUUGCCCUGGACUUAUUAGCACUGCCAUGUCGACGAAAAUCCAGCAUAUCUGGGAGGAAAACAGCCUGCCUAUAAACACAGCUGAUCAAGUAGGUGACUACGCCCUGAGUCUGAUCACGAAGGGGCAGCAGAAGGAUGGAUCAAUCCGAACAGGGGUGGCCAUUUAUGUGGAGGGAGGGAAAGGAUGGGAGUUUGAAUCGGAGCUUGAUAGACUAGAUGAAGAGUGGAUGGGCGCCGAAAUGGCUCGAAACUGCGUUGAGAUAAAUCGAGUGCUUGGUGUUGGAGCAGCGUGGACCACUGAGAGGCCCAAGAUCUAA